GAAAUCUCAUAUAUAUUGGGGGAGAGCGCCAAUUUGAUUCAAGUUAUUAGACAAGCACGCAACAGAUCACAGGCGAAAUGAAACUGCUCUUCCUUCUUAUUGGUGUUGCCUUUGCUGCAGCAGUAAACAUUGAACAGAGCACUUUUCCUCAAAUUAAAUGGAUAGAUCCAAAUCGCUACUACGAAGGCAGGGGCAAUUCAGUUCACUUAGGACGCGUUGAAGACUCUGGUGAACGACCUGCCCUAGAUGGCGAGGUUGCGUACCAAGUGGGAAUUUUCGCCGACCGCGGCGUUUUCUGCGGAGGAGCGCUGAUUUCCGAAAGGGCCGUUCUCACCGCCGCCCACUGCAUCGACGGACGACAUAUUUGGGAAAUCUACUUGGGAACGAAUGAUUUGUCGUUGGCCACUGAAAACUCGAUGCGUGUCCUCGUCUCCAUGCACGCCGUACUGCACGAGGAUUACGACGUGUUGACCAACGCCAACGCGGUGGGCCUCAUCAUUCUCCCUGAUGCUGUCACUUUCGCAGAUAAGGUAAGCCCUGUCUUACUGCCAAAAGUGACACAGCAGGACAAAUGGGAAAACAAAGACAUUGAACCGAUUGUCAGCGGCUGGGGAAUUACAAGCAGAAGCGAGCUGGCCAACCCCACCGUUCUCAAUGUGACCAAAGCCCUCCUGGUCAGCAACUCUGCUUGCGAAGAGAUUUAUGGGUCCGACGCUAUCUUUAGCUCGACGAUUUGCUUGGGAAUCCAAACCCCCAAUCCUGGCCCUUGUCCCGGUGAUGCUGGUGGUCCUAUUGUCAUUGAUGAUAAUGGUGAGAAAGUGCUAAUUGGAAUCGUGAGCUGGGGCCCGCGACAGGAGUGCAGAAGCACCAUGCCCCAGAUCGCGACCAGUACCACGUCCUAUCUUAAAUGGAUUGCAGACCAUGGUGGUCCCAAUGUCAGACCUUGAUCUGACCGCAUAAAUUUCUUGAGCCUCAAUCUAUUAAUUAAUCCCGGUAUUUCAAUGUACUUAACUCCUCAACUUUGCCUUAAUUUUUUCUACGUAAAAUAAAAUGUCGCAGUGCAAUGUGCUUCUAGCCUUUUGCAAAAUAAAAAUAAAAAAAAU